CACCGACCGACGCGUUCGCCGCACACAACUGUGUUUUAUCUAUGCUACCUGUCCAGGACACCCACGGGAACGCUCGUUCAGGCAUUCCGAUGCCAUCUACAGUGAAGAAAGCGCCGCCGUCGUCAGUACGGAUGAGUCUGUCUGGACCAGCGUUGCGCGCGCCAUACUUCCCUCCAGCGGGUUCCGGUCCAAGCUCGAAUCCACGACACUCUGUCUACAGAUCCCAGAAUGCCAACCCACUUUUACAAAGCACCUCAAAGCCACAUUACGGAAGAACACCUCUUCACAAUUCUACGCGGCGUGGAUCGAUAUGGACAGGCAACGCUGUCCUAGCCGCUCCGUCUGGGAGCCAAACACUGAAAGAUCCCCGGCCCAUACGCGAACGCGCCUACCAAUCAAAGAUGCGUCAAGAGAUUUUCUCCUGGCUUCACGCCACGGGCUACGAGAUCUCAAUGCAAACCUUGACGAGCAUCACUGGAAAGGACUAUCGUGCCAUGUUUCAACACCUCGUGAAUCUCAUCGACCCCUGUUAUCCAUUUGAACCCAAAGUACGAUUCGAGGACGAGUUUCAACCGGCGUUGAGGGCACUUCGGUAUCCGUUUGUCUCACAGAUAGACAAUAAGUGGCUGGCGGCACCAGGAAGCAUGCAUUCGUGGCCUGCACUUCUUGCAGUACUACAUUGGCUGGUGGACACAGGCAAGGCACGAUUACAGUACUUGGAAAGUGACGACCCGACACUCCAAAAUAUAGAGAGAAUACCGGAAGAAUUCCACGAGCCUAUGCACCACCAAGCACUAGCUUUCGAAUAUUUUUCCGAAGCGUAUAUCGCAUUCUUCCACGGCGCAGAUGUAUUCACAGAGCAGGACAAAGUACUCGAAGCUCGCUACGCAAAGAAGAACGAGAGAGUGCUGAAUGAUUUGGAAGAACAAAAGGAACAGCUUACUCAACUGCAUGCGGAGUUUGCUCAGCUGCAAACUUCAGGGGCACCUCUGGAGAAACUUCAGAAGACCCAUGGCUACCUGGUCAGCGAUCGAGCUAAAUUUCAUGACGUUCUUCAGAGGUUUGAGGGCAGGAAGAAGCACCUGAUCGACACCAUCGCACACGAGAAAGAAGAAUUGAACCUGCGAAUCGCGAACCUCGAACAACUCGAAAGCGAGCACAACAAACUACUUGACACUGUGAAAGCUCAAAAUCUCACACCCGAGGAGGUGGCGCGUAUGAACAGCGAUCACGAGACGUUAUCGCGAAACCUCGUAGAGCUUAAACAGAAGAUAUCCGAAACUCAGAAAACUGUCAUGUCGUUGGAAGUGAAGAUGACGAACCACGGAGCAGCCGCAGAGGAGGCACUGGACCUGUAUACAAAUUUAUUAUCGUCCCUUGGAUUAUUCCCACCGCUAUCGCCCCCCUUCGAAGGUGUCGACCUCACUCUCCAGCUCAAUCUGGCAACAACAAACGUGUCACAAUUGUUGAUUGGCGAAGAUAUACGCAAAGUUAUCAAACCUAUGUUAAAUGCUGUUGCGGAACUGAAACGGACAGAGCGCGCCGAAGUGGAGAGCGAAAGAAUCAAAGUGGACAAUGAUCUCGACCAGUUGACUUUGGAAUGCGAAAACAUACACGAAGAAGUGAGGGAGGUAGAAAAAAAAGUGGUGGUUUUGAACGAGCAAGCAGACGAGCUUCGCGAUGCUGCCCAGCAAGAAUCGAUGGUUAGCAAUGCAGAGGCAGCUCGGCUGGAGAGGGAACUGGCACACGCGCGCACAGCGGCAUUAUCGAGCGGGAUGGGCGUGAAAUCUCGGUUACAGGCGUUACAAUUUGACUAUCGAGAGCAACAAGCAAAGAUAGCACGCCUCAAGGACGAGACCAUUCGGGCGAUCGCCAAGAACAGCAACGAAAUUGCUUUGUUUAAAGAGGAAGUAUCGUCACGCCUGAGAAAGCUUAGGGACUUCGUUGAAGAGGGAGGGUAAACCGCAAGUAUGAUAGGGUUCAGGGUUAAGGGUUAAGGAACGUCGUUCCCACGUAUGCCGCGACAGUGGGGCUGGUUGAAACAGCCAUCACAAUCGCUGGUAAGCACAGCAUGGCAGGGGUGGGUGCUUCAUAAUCGGCUUCGUGCUUGUUCUUAGAGAUAAGGCCACAUGGGGACAACAUCCCACCAGCGCCAGUCAGAACUUGCCUUGCUUGGCGGCCCCUGACGUUCGAAAACCCUAUUAGUGCAGAGGGCAACCCCUUAACAGGAACUUGAUAAGAGAAGAGUGGAGACAGGUGGGGGACACUACAGUACUGUGCCAAGUCGAAGUGAGG